GAAAGUAAAAAAAAGAAAGAAUACUAUCCUCCUGCUGGACUCAUCAUCUUAUCUUCUGACAACGUACAUAAAAGGCGUAAAUAAACGAAAGCCACCGGGUCAUGGGAAGACCCUCAGCAUCCUCACAGGCCCAUGGGCAUUGUUGAAUCAGAAUCCUUCUAUGUACGGAGUUCCAAAGGUGGAUCCACAGGCUCAAGGCGGCGUGGACCGCCCGAACGGUGUCUGCUGCUAUUCUUUGCUAGCACCCUUGCUAGUAGGCUUCUGCAUUUGGAUUGGCAAGAACACCCCCCUCCACUUUCUCUCUCUUUUUUUUUUGGUUUUGUUUUUUUGUUUUUUGUGUUUUUCUUUUUUUUGCUUUUUGUUUUCUUGCCUUCCUCCCUCUUUCUUUUUGGCUGGUAUGCUUUUCCCACCUCUUCCGACAACUACCCAUAACAACGCUAUCUUCCGUCCUGAUGGAAUAUAUCCAGACUAGUAGCUUAGUUAUCCCGAACCACAAAAUUGAGGGCGGUUAAAAGAACGUGACCCGAAAAAAAAAAAAGGAUAAGUGAAUACAACCGAAAAAGAAAUCCUAAAAAAUAAGACAAUAC